CCGAAACAACGACAAACUACAGCUGGCAUUAACCAUUACGGAAGAUAUCCAUCAGAAAAUAGACCCGCCGGUGUAGGGAAGUUCCGUCGGGAUACUGUCGAAGAGAGCGCCUCUGUGUUGGAGGACUUGGAUCAUCUGCUAGAUAACGAGGAGCUGACUUUGCAACAAAGAAUGAGCAGACUAGAGAUAAGACAUGGUCGCUCCCUGCCAAAUUUGAUUCCGAAUGCUGCCGUAGUGAAGCAAAGAGAAGCAAGACGAUCUCCGGAACAGAUUCCUGAAUUCAUCACCGACUCUACCUCUAUGGAAAUCCGAGUUAAUGGCCAGGAAGCUAUCUAA